AUGGCCAGCCAAGAAGAUCCCGGCACCACUAUCCCUCCCCACGUUCUCUCCAAGUUGAAUCCGGACUUCGUCCAGUUCUUCCGGGACGUCCUGUCAAAGCGACCGCGAGAUGUCUCCAUCGAGGAACUCCGAGCCCAUCCUGAGAAGUACCGAGCGCUAACUGCCAUCGAUACCUCCAAGUGCGAGCGAGUGGCAGACUACGAGGUCACGUCGGAAGAUGGAGCCUCGGUUCCUGUGAGGGUCUAUCAUCCGGACCCAAGAAAGCAUGGGGACGGACCAUAUCCUGUUCAUAUGAACCAUCAUGGGGGUGGGUUUGUGAUUGGGGAUCUUUUUACGGACGGUCAGCUCUGUCUGAGUAUGCGCGAGGCGGGUGUGGUGGUUGUGGAUGUGAAUUAUCGUCACUGUCCUGAAACAAUCUUUGGCAAGGCCUUCCAAGAUGCAUGGGCGGCCUUGAACUGGGUGAUCGACUCCUCUACCACCCUCAACAUCGACCCCUCCUCCAUCUCCGUAGGCGGUAUCUCGGCCGGCGGGCACAUCUCCUUCGUUUUGCAACACAUGGCCCGCGACGCCGGUCUCCCGCUCAAGCUGUGCUUGGCCUCCGUCCCUCCCACAACUGACUGCAUCAGCUACGACUCCCCUACCGACUCCCCCUAUCUCUCUUUCCGCGAGUUUGCAAAUGGACCUGCCCUCCCCUGGGACCGCAUCAAGUACUUUGGACAGUCCGUUUUCCCGCCCGAAAAGCGGGAUGAAAUCCGGAAAAUGUCGCCGGACUGGUGGCUAGCGCCGAUCAAGGCCCCGAAUUUCAAAGGGUUGUGUCCGACUUUUAUCAGGACGGCGGAGUGCGAUAUCCUGAGGGAUGAGGGGGAGGCGUAUGGGCUGAAAUUGGUAGAGGGAGGGAAUAAAGUCACGAUCAAGAGGUAUCUGGGGGCGGUGCAUACGAUGAUGUACUUGCCGUUGGAGAACGACCAGAGGAAGAGUUAUGAUGAGGAUGCGAUUAGGGCGUUGAGGGAGGCGCAUGGAUUGGCGAAGUGA